GGCCAAACGCGACGGGGAAAAGUCGUAAGGAUUCAGUAACGGCUGGCUUUAAAGGUGCUGGGAAGCCAGCGCGAAGAUGACAAGUUGGUUAGAGGGAGAGAGGGAAAGCGGAAAGGAGAGAAAAACAAGCAGGCGGAGCUUCCGCUUCCGGUGGGGCCGUCCCUAGCGGCGGAGAUGGCGGCGACGGCGGCGGAGGCCGCGGCCUCGGGCUCCGGGGAACCCCGGGAGGAGGCUGAAGCUCCCGGCCCCGCCUGGGACGAGUCCCAGCUGCGUAGUUAUAGCUUCCCGACUCGGCCCAUCCCGCGUCUGAGUCAGAGCGACCCGCGGGCGGAGGAGCUUAUCGAGAAUGAGGAGCCUGUGGUGCUGACGGACACAAAUCUUGUGUAUCCUGCCCUGAAGUGGGACCUUGACUAUCUACAAGAGAAUAUUGGCAACGGAGACUUCUCUGUGUACAGUGCCAGCACCCACAAGUUCUUGUACUAUGAUGAGAAGAAGAUGGCUAAUUUCCAGAACUUUAAGCCGAGGUCCAACAGGGAAGAAAUGAAAUUUCAUGAGUUUGUUGAGAAACUGCAGGAUAUACAGCAGCGAGGAGGUGAAGAGAGGUUGUAUCUACAGCAAACACUCAAUGACACUGUGGGCAGGAAGAUUGUCAUGGACUUCCUGGGUUUUAACUGGAACUGGAUUAAUAAGCAACAGGGAAAGCGUGGCUGGGGGCAGCUGACCUCCAACCUGCUGCUCAUCGGCAUGGAAGGAAAUGUGACACCUGCUCACUAUGAUGAGCAACAGAACUUCUUUGCUCAGAUAAAAGGCUACAAGCGAUGCAUUUUGUUCCCUCCGGAUCAGUUUGAGUGCCUCUACCCAUAUCCUGUUCAUCACCCAUGUGACAGACAGAGCCAGGUGGACUUUGACAAUCCUGACUACGAGAGGUUUCCCAAUUUCCAGAACGUGGUUGGUUACGAAACAGUGGUUGGCCCUGGUGAUGUUCUUUACAUCCCAAUGUAUUGGUGGCAUCACAUAGAGUCCUUACUAAAUGGGGGGAUUACCAUCACUGUGAACUUCUGGUAUAAGGGGGCUCCCACCCCUAAGAGAAUUGAAUAUCCUCUCAAAGCCCAUCAGAAAGUAGCCAUAAUGAGAAACAUUGAGAAGAUGCUUGGAGAGGCCUUGGGGAACCCACAAGAGGUGGGGCCCUUGUUGAACACAAUGAUCAAGGGCCGAUACAACUAGCCUGCCAGGAGUCGAGGCCUCUUGCCAGGUGACUGCUAGCCCGUCCACACCGCUUCAUUGAUGAGGACAGGAGACUCCGAGCGCUAGUAUUGCACGCUGCACUUAAUGGACUGGACUCUUGCCAUGGCCCUAGAGACAGGUGUUCUGGGCAAGGCAGGGUGGUUGGCAUUUCCGCUCCCAUUCGGAGGGACUUCAUACCCUUGCCUCUGUGCCCCAGCACCUUCCCUCUCUGCCCCCUAAAGUCCUGCAUUCAGUGUGUGGAGUCCCCAGUUUCUGGUUGUCA